AAAAAAAACAAGAGCUUAUUCUUUAGAAUUAAAGUUUCAAAUAUGAAAUAUAGUAAAAAACAAUUAUCAAAUCAAGUUAAUUCCUUAAGACCUUAUAAGUCAAGAUCUCAGAGACCUUGUGAUUUCUGUCGCAAAAGAAAAACUUGUUGUAUUAUUGAUAAACUGAUACCUUGUAUAAGCUGUAUACAAUUCAACCAGGGGAAUUGUACUUUCAAAAAUGGUCCAGUCAAGAGAAUUGUUAGGAAAAAAGAUGUAAAAAAUGUAAAGGAGGAAUUAAAAUUUCCCACAAUAUUAAGUGAAGAAAAGAUCAAGGAAGUCCCAGCCAGCUUUGAUAAUUCCACUUCCCAAAGCUCUUCUCAAAGUACAAGCUCUCAAAGUUCAAUAUAUUCAGAUAAUUCCGAUUCGUUUGAUGAAAAAUUGCUAAGCUUUGACUUAUUCCCCCAUCAUCUAAUUAACCAGGAUAUCUUUAAUACAAAUAUUUAUGAUUACUACUAUAAUUUAAAUUUUUAGUGAGUAUGUGUAUGUGUGUAUAUUAUUAUUAUUCUUAUUAUUCUUAUUAUUAUAAAUUGAUAUAUUUUUGUUCUGCUUGAGUCCAAUUGAUCACGUUCCAAAUUGCUUUGAAAUAAUCAAGUUUGGCAUUCUGAUACUGUAAAUAAUAAGCGUGUUCCCAAGCAUCAAUGG